GAAUUGUGUCUAUGUCAACGUCAGCAUGACAACCAAGUGACAGGAGAGACGUACUGAAAAACUUCCUUUUGUUCAUAAGGUUUUGUGAAAAAUGUAAACACGAUAUUAAAUAAAACAUGGAAUCACAUCCUCUUAACUUGGCGCAUCAGCAACAUCGUCGUGCGGAUGCCCAUUUAAUUAAUAAUAGAUACGACGAAGCGAUGCAGUGUCAUCACAAUGCAGCUGAAUUAUUACUAGACGCUAUGAAGUCGACCACCUCUUCCGCAGCAUUGGAGUCAAUAAGUCUCCAACAUAGUUACCAUUUGAAACAAAAGGAUCUAAUUAAGAGCAAGAAAGAACAAUAUGCUCGCGUCAAAAAGGCCAUGGAAAACAUAAAAUUGUUGAGCCGAGAUCCACAUCUCAAACUACAAAGCAAUGAGUAUUCUAAACUGCAAAUUGCUAUAUACAGGGCCAUAAAUGAAUCUGAAGCAUUACUCCACAAAAUGUCAAAUGAGGAUUUAUCCACUGAAUCGAGGCUAUUACAAGAUCCAGUAUAUUCUGGUGAUGUAACAGAUGGCAAGAAAAUUGAGAAAAGUCAACAAACUAUUGUUGAAGAAUUGCAAAUUCUCAGUCAAAAUUUACAUUCACUGGUUGAACAACUAGUGCUACAAGUUGAAGUUCUUAAAGAUGAAAAUGUAACUCUAAAGGAACGAGUUAGUUAUUUGGAAAAAGAAAGAGUAAAAUAUUUAAAUCUACCAUCAUCCUAUUCUAACAGUGAACAAAGUAAUUUCUCAACAAUAUUUGUACCUAAAGAUGAGUUGAAUGUAGCAACUAAUUCAAAUGAUUCAACUGAAUUGAAUCAGAAAAUAAAUGCUCUAGUCUUGGAGAGAACAAAUCAACAGCCACAUUUUGACUUAAGUGCAUUCAAAGACCAAUGAGUACCUAGAGGUACUAUGUACUGAAGUCACAUAAAUGAUCUAAGACUGCUGUUGCCUCUAAACUUACUAAGUAAUUACUACAUAAAUGACUACUACCUACUUUAUAUAGUUAAUAUUCCAGUUGGUUUAUAAUUUGCAAAAAUUACUGUAACAAACAGAUUUAUUUCAUAUGCAAUUGCUCUUGUCUUCAUCCACAUGGAAAUUUUU